CACGUGGUGAGGAUCAGCUGAUCGGCAUCACUUCCAUAUUGGAAUUCACGAUGUUUUGACGGAGACUGUCUACAAACAUCACCGCCGGAACAUUUUUCAUGUAAAUUAUCUCACAUUUAAAGUUUGCAGCUUUUGGCAUUUUGGCUUCUGUCGCAUUCUCUUGAUGAAUACCUCGGACAGUGAAGAGGACUCUUACAACGAGAGGUCCGCUCUGGUCCAGUCUGAAAGCCCAACCGUACCCUCGUACAACCAAGAUCAUGACAUGUCUGUCCCUCAGGACACAGAGCCCAAACAGCGACGGCCGGUCAGCUCAGGGUUGGGUGAGGCAGGACAGGUGGAGAGAGAGAGAGCGGCCACUUCUGAUGGAGAGGAAGAAGAGCUGACCCUCAAAUAUGGAGCCAAACACGUCAUCAUGCUCUUUGUCCCUGUCACGCUCUGCAUGGUGGUUGUCGUGGCAACCAUAAAAUCCGUCAGUUUCUACACGGAGAAGAGCGGACAGCGGCUCAUAUAUACUCCAUUCGAAGAGGACCCAAACUCUGUGGGCCAGAGGCUCCUGUUCUCCUUCCUCAACACCCUUGUCAUGAUUAGUGUCAUUGUUGUUAUGACGAUAGUACUGGUGGUGCUUUAUAAGUAUCGCUGCUAUAAAUUUAUUCAUGGCUGGCUGAUUCUGUCUUCUCUGAUGUUGCUCUUCUGGUUCAGCUUCAUGUAUCUAGGAGAGGUUUUUAAGACAUAUAACGUGGCCAUGGAUUACCCAACGUUAGUGAUGAUCAUUUGGAACUUCGGCGUUGUGGGAAUGAUCUGCAUCCACUGGAAAGGCCCUUUACGGCUGCAGCAGGCUUACCUCAUUGUCAUAAGUGCUCUCAUGGCGCUCAUAUUCAUCAAAUACCUGCCGGAGUGGUCGGCAUGGGUCAUACUGGGAGCCAUCUCUGUUUACGACCUGAUAGCGGUGCUUUGUCCAAAAGGCCCAUUGAGGAUGCUGGUUGAGACCGCUCAGGAAAGAAACGAGCCAAUUUUCCCCGCACUCAUAUAUUCAUCGGCCAUGGUUUGGAUGGUUGGAAUGGCUGAUAAUAGUAAUCAGGAUUUAGCUGAUGAAAGGCAGCACACUGAGGGUGAAGCCCGUGCACAGGAAGGGGUGGAGUCAGACGAUGAUGCGUCUCAAGGAAGGAGGCAAAGGUAUUCAGCAGAAGAGGACCUUGAGGAAGACCGAGGGGUGAAACUGGGGCUUGGAGACUUCAUAUUCUACAGUGUUCUUGUUGGAAAGGCAGCAGCCACAGGAGGAGAUUGGAACACCACACUGGCGUGUUUCGUUGCCAUUCUCAUUGGACUGUGCCUGACGCUUCUCCUGCUGGCCAUUUUCAAGAAGGCUCUGCCGGCUCUUCCCAUAUCCAUCACAUUUGGCCUUGUGUUUUACUUCUCCACAGACAAUCUGGUACGGCCCUUCAUGGACAAUCUGGCAGCCAACCAAUACUACAUCUGACAGAAACCCUCUCAAACUCUGAGGACUCUAUAAGAACACAAAGAGUGCCCUUUAGAUAUUGUUUAAAUCAGAUUCAAACUUUUUUUUAGUUCUCAUGAAUCUGAGCUGAUUUCAGUCUGAUCAGAGAAGCUGUAGGUUAGGGACUGAAAUGAUGAAAAUGUACCAAAACAAGCAAUGUCAGUCGCACAUUACCAUUUUGGUCUGUACUGAGCAGCUCUUUGGAAUGUACAGUAGUUUACUAUUUAUGUUGUACCUCCUGACAUGGUAAAUGACUGUGUGACCAGCAUCCAGACAGGUGUCGGUGAAUGGUUUUGGUUUCAUAAAUAACAAUGACUUCUAAAAUAUGAAGGAACAGAAUGCUGCUAGACUGUCCAAAGAAAGAAGCCAUAUGUGGCCUAAUCCAAGCAGACGCUGUUGUGUGUCAAAGUACAGUAGACUUGCCAGUGGUUACAGUUUCAGUGUGUAAUAAACUAAUAACACCAAUUUGA